AUGGCAGCUAAACAAAUACUGAAGAAGAAACAUCUAGAAGAAGAGGAAUUAGCGAAAUUAAAAAAACUUGAUGACAACUCUGUUCAAGAGGAGUAUGAAUAUGUGACUGUGCCGCCUGAUGGUGGUUUUGGCUGGGUCGUGGCCAUUGCAGCUAUGUUAUGUAAUCUAAUAUGUGACGGUACUCUAUUCGCUUUUGGCACAAUGAAGAUUCAUCUUCAAGAGUAUUUUAAAUGUUCGGAUAUGUUAAUUCUGAUGGUUGGUUCCGUUCCAUGUGGUGUUUACUUGUUAGUCGGUCCUAUUGUCUCAGGUUUAGCUAAUAGAUAUGGCUGUCGACCAAUAAUUAUUAUUGGAAGUAUUGGUGCAGCGAUUUGUAUGGCUUUGUCAACUCUCUCGCCUAGUGUUUGGGUGAUGAUGAUAGUUUACGGUGUGUUUGGCGGCAUAUUUUUUGGUAUGGUCUAUCUCCCAUCGGUAGUCAUGGUUUCGUUUUAUUUCGACAAGAAACGAUCGAUUGCCAACGGUUUGGUCACAGCUGGUACUGGUCUUGGUGCAUUAUCUUUCGGUCCACUAGCUGAUCUUUUAAUGUCUAAAUUUGGUUGGAAAAUUGGCAUGCUGAUAUUUGCUGGUAUAAUGUUAACAGGUAUUCUAUUUGGAUUAAUCAUGAGACCGUUGAAACCACAAAAAGUACCUGUCAAGCGAGAGAUUGAAUUACAAUCACCUGUUACACCUCAGACGCAAAAAAAUCAAGAUUUAUCAUCUCCUCAAGCUAUUCUCAAAACCACAGACGGGGCCAAUGAAGUACUUUUGCCUACGGCUGAUGAAUCAGCACGAAUUAGUACCACAGCGACAGUACCUGUUGGUGACGUUAAUUCAAAUGAGAUUCCUGCUGUCACAACCGUUGAUCCCACAUCAAGUCCAUUGAAUCAAUCUUCACGAAAUCGUACUAUAUCGUCCUCAAGUCACGCAUCCGUCAGUAGUGGAGAAAAUCGAGUUGGUGUUUCCAAUCCUGAAGAUGCUUCUCGACCACUCUAUAAAAAAGAUGCAUUUGUCUCUGGAUCAAUACAGCAACUUCAUCAUGGAUCUCGCACAUCAUUGAAUAAAACAAAUCCGUACGUGUCUUCAGUGACAAAUAUUCCAGCAGCUGCAAAUGAAGAAAAGAAGAAAGAUUCGGCUGCUAGAGCAUUUAUUGAUAUCCUCGGAGCGAUGACCGAUUUUUCAAUACUGAAAAAUAAACAACUGUUAUUGAUUUGUAUUGGAAAUAUUUUCUCCAUGCUUGGUUAUUAUUUACCCAUUAUGUGUUUGGUUUCAUUCGCUGUCGAAGAUCUUAAAGUUAACAAAACACAUGCAUCAUUCUUAUUAACAAUUUUUGGACUCUUCAAUACCAUUGGUCGUUUUGCUGGCGGACCCAUCGCUAUGAUUCCACAUUUGAAUGCACUACGAGUUCACAAUGCAUUACUAUUUACGGCUGGUAUUUUAACUGUCUUAGCAGCAUAUGCUUACAAUUUAACAACAUGUGCUCUCUAUGCAGCUCUAUGUGGUUUUGCUAUUGCACCUCAUAUGUCAUUAUUACCCAGUGUAAUCUAUGACUGUGUCGGUCUCGAUCGUUAUACAACAGCUUUUGGUAUACUCUUUCUAUUCCGUGGUGUAACAUCAAUUAUUGGUCCACCGGCUGCUGGUUUUCUCAAAGAUGCUACAAAGAAAUAUGACAUGGCCUUUGCGAUUGGCGGUGCAAUGAUUAUCGUAGCUUCAUUCUUUCAUAUCUUCAUUGCUUUUGUUCAACCCGAGAGCGAAACUGAAAUAGAAAAAGAACAAGAAAAAGUCCAAAAGAAAAAUAAACUCGAUGUCUGA